ACCCCACCCCCACCUGGACGCCGAAUCACCAAAAAGUAGUGCUGGGAGUUCUCUCGAGAGCCAGCAAGGAAGGCAGCGCGGAGGCCAGGCCACCGUCGCGUGGCUUCCCACCACCACCCCAUCGGAUCCCGCGGCGCGCAGAUCCGCCAGCCCCGGCAAUGGCUUCCACGCCGGCGGACGGAGCAGGCGAGCCGGUGGAGGCCAAGGGCAAGGGCAAGGAGGAGGGGGAGAAGAAGAAGGCGGGAGGAGGGGUGCUGGGGAGGAUGUGGCGCGGCCUCUUCGGCGGCCGCGAGGACUACGAGAAGCGCCUGCAGUACCUGUCCAAGGAGGAGGCCGCCGUCCACGCGCGGAUGCGCCGCCGGACCCAGUUCUCCCGCCGCACCGUCCGCAACAUCAUCGUCCUCUCCGUCAUCGCCGAGGCUGUAGCUGUUGGUUAUGCUAUCAUGAUGACAAGAGACGAAGAUCUCACUUGGCAAAUGAGGGCAAUUCGAGUGCUGCCUAUGUUUGUUUUGCCUGCCAUAUCGUCUGUGGUAUAUUCAGCAGUUGUAAACUUCACAAGGAUGCUUGAACGGAAAGAUGAGAAAACACUUGAAAAGUUGAGAGCUGAAAGGAAAGCGAAGAUUGAUGAACUGAAAGAACGGACGAAUUAUUACCUUACCCAACAGCUUAUCCAGAAAUAUGAUCUUGAUCCAGCUGCAAAAGCUGCUGCAGCUUCGGUUUUGGCAUCUAAGCUGGGGGCGGAUUCUGGCUUAAGAGUACAUCUUGGGGAAGAACCAAAUUCUGAUGCAGCAGUGGUUAUGAGCAACAAUGCUGAGAUAUUGCCAUCAGAUGGGCUGAGAAACAGGAAGCAACCCAAUGCAAGAGUCAGCAGGACUGGUAGCACUACAGCUGCUCAUACUUCGGCACAAGGUGCUGAAUCUAACCCAGCUCUUAAUGCUGGCCUGGAAAACGUACAGUCUACAAGGGUUGUAGAACAUUAUCAAGGCUCUGGGGCAAGUGAUGGUGGAUGGGUUGCAAAAAUCGCUGCCUUACUUGUUGGGGAGGACCCAUCACAGUCGUACGCUUUGAUCUGUGGCAAUUGCCAUAUGCAUAAUGGUUUGGCCCGGAAGGAAGAUUACCCACACAUUACAUACUAUUGCCCACAUUGUCAUGCUCUAAACACAUCAAAGAACUUGAUGGGGCAAUACUCAGGCUCCAACUCAGGCCCAUCGACCCCAGUUGCUCCUGCUGAUGUGAUAUCUCCAACUCAGGCCCGGAAGGAAGAACACGCAGAGAAGGAAGUGGAGGCAAGUUGAUGCCGGUCCGUACUAUUACUGUUGAUAUUUGUGAGAUUAGUUCAUAUCGCCGUGUUUGAACUGGUUUGAGCCGCAGAUGUAGCACUGUUGUAAAAUUGGAAAUAGGUGACCUAUAUGAUCCACAGCAAAACCAGUACAAUAAUUAUUUAGCCAGUUUGUCCAUGAACACACUUGAGAGGACGAGUUUUGUUGGCAAUGGGCACUGCCGGAGUGGAGAAUGGCAACGUGCUGCCUGGCAAGUCGAGGUUGGAAAGCUAUGAGGUGGAGGCGAACAGGUGAGAUCAGUCGGGUGAUGUUGCAACAUGGUGGUGGUGUAAAAACAUAGAUAUGAUCGAUGCUUCUAUUUUACCCAUAUUUGUGUGGCAGUUGCUCCAUUGGAGAUGCGGAAAUUUUGACAGUGUUUGGACAUUUACGGUCACAGCUUCUUUUUGUAAUCUUGAUAGCGUUAUGUUUCGCUGACUGAUGUCUCGUGUCCUUGGCGCGAUGAUUCUUCAACUUGUAGUUUCGUUUUGCCUGGGCUUAAGCUGGGUUAGUGGGUUG